GUUGCUUAAAUUGGGGAGUCAAGUAGCACGCCCUUUCGGAAACACGUUCUCUAAAUUCAAAAUUAUUUAUAUUAAAAUUUGGUAAAAAUGUUUAGGCCCGCAAAAAUGUUGACACCUCUCCGCCUCAAUCUUCCAAUUAUGCGUUUUGCAAGCAAAAGUCUUGCCAGAAAGCUACUCAGAGUACCACGCAUUGAAAUAGGCGAUGGAAAAAUACUUUACCUGCAAAUAAAAAUCUAUAUUCAUGGUGAAACGGCAUUUGCUAGAACCAUUAUUCGUGGAUGGAGGUCCAGUAGUCAUGAGGAGAUUUAUAAUGCAGUAAGGGCUAAUAUGGAGUCCCUGGGGCUUUGCACUCAAAGCCUAGGAGGAGGAAAGAUGGUCAAUGACCAUCAAAAUCAAAAAAUAAAUAUUUAUGGAUUUUGUAAGACUUUUGGAAAAGCAGACCAUUAUAAAACCAAGCAAAUGUUGCAGUCAUGGUCGCAAUAUCAAAAAUAUGACAUUGAAAUCGGACCAUUAAAGCCCGUAUACCACGAAUAAAAGAAUUUAUGCAAUUGGAAUAAAAAGAACUACUAAUUAGUAUAAUGAUUAAUAACAUUAUUCACGGAGCAAAAUCGAAUUUUUAACUCUAUGCCUUUAAAAUAAAUAUUUAUGCUAUGUAAAAAACAUUUACGCACAUAAA